AAAUGUUCUUAAAUCGACUAAAAAACCUGGCCAGUUUUACGCAACUGAAUAUAAUUUCCGUGGUCAGUAUUCGAGAGCGAUCGCUCCCGCUUCCCGACCAAGCCUGCUUCAUAGAUUUUUGAUGCAAAUGUAACAUUUAGUAAAAAUUUAGUUAAAAAUAUGAUAAUUUCGAAAUUCAUAUAAAGAUGGGUAGAACAGCUAAAAAAAAGAUGAUAGGACAGAACAAGAAAAAACGGAAAAAUACAGAAAGGUUGAGGUAUAUUUACCCAUUGAAGUACACACUAGGGGAGUUACCUCAGAGACAGCUUCCAUCUAAUGGUGAUAUUCUUAGAUACUAUCAAUUUAUCCUUCGCGAGUCACAAGUUAAAUACAAACCCACUUCUACUAAUGUUGGUUGCAAAUUGAAAUCGAAAUCCAAGGAUCUUGUUUGUGAAAAUGGUGUUUGUACAGAUCCUGAUAAUUCUUGCUUGGUAUCUAGGAUUAAAAAAAUUUUGGAUAAUGCUGGGUUUGGCAAGAAAUUUGUGAUUUGUGGGUACAAUAUAAAGACCAAAAUCAUUAAACUUAAUUUAAAAUACAAGAAAUUGAUUAAAUUGUCUUCUCUAAACUGGAACAGCAGUCUUGAUAAGCAAUCAAAGUUAGAGAAAGAUUUUCUCACAGAAUCCUAUCAGCUUUUUGACAUCUUGACUAAGAAUUUUAAAAAAGAUAUUCUUGCUGAUAGAUUGAGAACAGAUGAUGCCAAGCUGGAAGAUAUAAAUUUUUAUGAAGACCAGAAGUUACAUAGGAAAGGAUAUAUGGAAACAAAAGUCGAUGAAGACUACAGUAGAAGAGUAAUGGAUGCAAACAGGAGAAAGAACAAGCUAGAUAAGUUGAGAGAGAAAGAAUUAGAGAGACAGAAAAACUUAAAAGAUAUCAAUGAUGUUUUGUUGUCACAUGACUCCAUGACAGAAGAGAUUCAAUUCAUCAGUGAGGAAGAAAAGUCAAACGAGGACUCUGAAAUCAGCGAGGAAGAUGAUUUCCUGGGUAACGGUCGGAAACGCAGGUACAAUUCUGGAGAUAGGAUAAAUCUAGCAGUGAAUGUUGAAAAGCUCAUUGAAUGUACUGCUAUUCCAGCAACAAGGUUCAAUGUUGGUGUACGACCUCAUCUGGCAAUUUUAAGUGAAGUAUUUAAAGCUGGAGGUAUAGAAAUUAAUGAUAUACCGCUUUCACGAAGCACACUUCAUAGAAAAAAGUUCAAAUAUGUAGAACUUGAAGGAGACUCGGAGUGGAUUUCAAUAUCUAAUCAUCUUAAAGGCCGACGGCUUUCUUCAUUUUGAUACCAAACUGUUGGAACAAAUUACCACUGGGCUUAACAUUAUUCAAAAAAUUGAGCGACUUGCAGUCUCAGUGAGUUCCCCGGAUGACGAUACCAUGGAAGACCAUCUUUUAGGUGUUGUUUAAUGUCCCUCUUCAAAGGGAGUUGACCAAGCAGAACAAGUGCACAAUCUUUUAGAAUAUUACGGAUGUAAAGAGCAGAUCAUGGAACAUAGCAAAUUGCUAUGUUCCAUGGUUUUUAAAAAGUUUUUUAGGAUUUCUGGCUCCCUACAAAAAGUUUUUUAGGAUUUCUGGCUCCCUUCUCUUCAAACAUUUUAAAAUAUU